AUGAAAAUCAUAUUUACUGUUAUAAGUAGAUUAUUUCACCAAAAUAGUUCAUAUAAUAAUUUAAAAAGACCAAUCCUCAAACGAAGAAAGUCCAGAAUGGAUGAAAAUCUUAAGUGUCGGCAAAAUCCAGUAGUUAUUAAAUUGGACUCUCCAGAAUUUAAGAGCAUUUUUAAUAAAGAGGUAUUGGAUUUGAAAUCUGUAUUUGAUAAAUAUUAUUAUGAAAUUCGGAUAGCUGGAGGUGCUGUAAGGGAUCUCCUGAUGGGACAAAAAGCAAAAGAUUUAGAUUUUGCUACAACAGCAACACCUGAUCAAAUGAAAGAAAUGUUUACAAAAGAAAAUAUUAGAAUGAUAAAUUUGAGUGGAGAAAAACAUGGUACAAUUACCCCAAGGAUAAAUGACAAAGAAAAUUUUGAAGUGACAACUCUAAGAAUAGAUAUAGUAACAGAUGGACGUCAUGCAGAGGUUGAAUUCACUAGAGAUUGGAAAUUAGAUGCUAAUCGUCGAGAUCUUACUAUUAACUCUAUGUUUUUAGGCUUUGAUGGCUCUGUGUAUGACUACUUUUAUGGAUUUGAUGAUCUAAAGAAAAGAAGAAUAGCAUAUGUUGGAGAUCCAGAUGUAAGAAUAAAGGAAGAUUUUUUGAGAAUUAUGCGCUAUUUUCGUUUCUAUGGUAGAAUAGCAGAAAAACCCAAUAAUCAUGAAAAAAAUACUCUGGAAGUUAUAGAAAAAAAUGUUGAGGGUCUUCAAAAUGUCUCUGGGGAGCGGAUUUGGAUGGAGCUUAAAAAGACACUUGAAGGAAAUUUUGCUGGAAGUCUAUUACAGACAAUGUUAAAUGUCGGUGUUGGUAAAUACAUUGGUAUUCCACAUCCAAACAUGGAUUCAUUAGAUAGGUUACUUAAACGUAGUGGACAUUUAGCCUUACAUCCUAUGAGUUAUUUAGCUUCUUUGAUGAAUAAUAUUGAUGAUGUCACACUAUUGAAUAGUAGACUAAAAUUUUCAAGUUUCGAGAGGGAUAUGGCAUAUUUUAUUGUAGAACAUAGAGACGAUAAGGAAUCUACACGACCUUUAAUGCCUUAUGAAAAAUUAGUUAUAAAUACAAAAAUUAAGCAAAGAAAUGCCAUUGAAUAUGUAAAGGAAGUACUCAAAUAUAGAGGAGAUAAAGAUCUUUUAAAACAUUUUGAGCAAUGGCAAGUACCAAUAUUUCCAGUUAAUGGAAAAACAUUGAAGGAUAACGGAGUUCCACCAGGCAAAAUGUAUGGAAAAAUAAUUGAAAAGUUGAAGAAUGUUUGGAUAGAUAAUGAGUACAAACACAAUUGUGAUGAUUUGGUUAAACUUAUUCCAAGUCUUAUAGAAGACUGUAAAAAAUGA